UCAUUAUCCAGAUUUCCUCUUUCAUCACCUACCCGUCACCUCUUGUCAUCAUCUCCAUGCAGUCUACCAACCCUCUCCCAUAACUCACGACUCUUCAUUACAAUGGGCUCCCCUUUAUCCCUCAAAGCGGUUCUCCAGUGGGCGUGUCGUGAUGCGACAGUAGCAACACGUUAUGAGCGCAUAUUUCACGUUGAAGGCGUCCAGGACAUUGAGGACUUGUCUGAGUUGACUGCGGAGGAUAUGAAGGAAAUGGGAGUUAAGGAGACGCAUGCGAGGAAGUUGGAGAGAAAAUGCAAGAAAAUGAAGAUGAAAAUUGCCGUCGGCACUAGACAGAAUGUGGUGGGAAUAAUACAGGUACCUGGUGGUAUGAAACUGCUUGAUGUUCGCAAAGUUAUAGCCAGAGAUCGCCUACCACAAGUUCCGUCGUCAUUCCAUUUUAGAAUAGAUGAAUCUGCUGUUAUUACAGAAGCUCAAGAAGCUACUUGGGAAGCUGAAGUGUUUGCAGACGAGUCAGGAAAUUCACUCUGCAUUUUAAUGCCACAGCAGAUGUCUAAUAAAAGCGUGUCAGUUAGCUCAGCAUCGAACGGAAGAAGCGUUAGCACUACAAGCUCAACUAAAUCAGUUCAAAGACCAAAUCCUAACAAAACUUUUGAUAGACUCACGACGCAGCAACGUCAAAUACAAAAUUCUGGUCUAGUUCACCCAGCAAGUCAACCAUAUGGCCAUAAAUCGUUGACUUCAGUGACCACAUCCCAACCAUCUCAAUACAAUAACGACGAUGCCAUCUUUACUGAACCUCUUCCCGCUACAAGCUCUACUCUCCCUCCUCUCGAAGAUAUCCACUCUCUCAUUAAAACGUCCAACGUGUCUCACUUGAGUACAAAAGACAUCGUCAACAGCUCAGGUAUUGCACCAGUGAUGCAAAGGAUGAGAAUUGGUGAUGUGAAGGUUGAUGUGAAGUCAAGCCAGGAAGAGAGGGAAGGUUAUGGUAUGAGCAAAUUGUGGAGGAGUGUUGGUGGAGCAGCUACAGAUUAUGUGCAAAGUAAAGGCUACAGGGAGAGCAAAAAAGCAUCUCGUCGACGUUCAUCAUCUACACAAGUCUACAUCAGCGGCCUCACAUUUAAAUCAGGUGCACGAACAUACGAGCUCAAAGACAUUGACCUAGUCAACACGUUUCUCUACAAAUUUGGUCACGUGAAAAACUACGCCCGUCAGUCCUCACAUUAUGCCUUCGUUGCCUACACGUUCGCCGAAUCGGCUGCAGCCUGCAUUGAAGAGAUGAACGGCAGGGAAUACAAACAAUUUCAAAUUGUGUGUCGCUAUGCGACUAAUCAUGUUGACUAUGCUGAUCCGGUGCCUCGGAUUGGAAGUAAAAUUCGUAUGUUGAAUGUUGAUGAGUCGGUCGAGUCUAAGGCGGUUAUGCGUGUUUUUAAACGUUUCGGGAUGCUCGAAAAUAUCGUGUUGCAUCCGUUGAAACGUACGGGUCUUCUCAUGUUUCGGGAGACGGAAGCUGCGCAAGAUGCUUUGUUACAGUUAGGGACGAAUGUGGAUGUUAGAGGUAGAAUGAUUUGUUUGAGAAUUGAGGAGGUUGAAGAGGACGAUGAGGAUGAAGAUGAGGAUGAGGAUGAGGAGGAUGGGGAUAGUGAUAUUGGAUUGGAGUAUUUAGGAGAGCAUAAGUCUGAAGUCAAAAUGACUUGGAAUAAGUUGCCUAUGCCAUCUGAGUCUGAUUCUCACAGCUCUGCAACUACCUUUAUGGAAGCAGCCAUUACGCGCUUUCUCCACAGUGGAUCAUCAGAAAUCACCAGCAUCAGCAGAGAAUUACGGAGCAUCAUCAAUACUCAAAAUCGCAUGAAACAACUUUGUUCCCUACUUUUACAAAACGGUCUUUUGAAACCUAUUGAAGUUGCUAGUUUAUGUAGAGGGCUGGUUGAAGCUCAAUUUCAACUUCAAGAUGUUGGGCAAGCACAUGGUAGUAUGAAAAAGAUUCUGCUUGCCGAACUUCAAGCAAAAUUAAUUGAUUUACUGAGUUGUGAGAACAGAACCAGGGCCAAUGAACUGAAGGGUCUUAUGAGCUUUCUUGCUCAUCUUUAUAACGAAAAGGUGUUUACAUCGUCAGUCGUAUUUGGCUGCGCAAAUCGUGUUCUGGACAGUCACACAUUAGAGGCUGUCGUGUCUGUUCAACAUCUACUGGGAGCAGCCGCAAGGCAGUUACAAUUUGAAGACAGUGUUAAGACUGACAAUCUGAAUAAGCGUGUGAUGAUCGAGAAGCAACAGGUAAUGAACUCGUCGCAGAGCACUCUAUAUGGCAAGCAUCUAUUGCCAUCGUCUACUCAUGUGGCUCCCCAGACGAGCGAAUCUCAUAGUCAGAAUGCUCGGCAGCAACUUGGAGAUCAACUUUACAAAAAAAUUCAACCGAAACAUCCCGAAAUGGCAGGGAAAAUAACAGGGAUGUUACUUGGUAGUCUGGGUGAUGACUUGCUACGUCAUCUGCUUCAGUCGCCUGAUGACUUAUCAGCAAAAGUAGCUGAAGCUGCUGAAGUUAUUCGUCAGCACACGUCGAAUAGAUAAGUUAUGAUUACAAAAGGACAAACGCUUUAGUGCUUUAAUGACUUUGCGCGCGUUAGCUUUAUGCGCGCGCUAACUUUAUGCGCGCGUUAACUUUAUGCGCGCGUUAACUUUGUGACGUCUGUUGCCAGUUAAGUUAAUGUUGCUUUGUAGUGAAUACAUGUACCAAUAAAAAGUGUUGUGGUGAGAAAAAGUCAAUUAAGUUAGAAGAAUUU